AUGAGAAAAUUGGCCAAAAUUGUUCAUCCAAGAUUCAAGUUAGCAUUCUUACAUGACGAUCAAACACAUGUAAGAAAAAACGUUGCUGACAUAGAGAUAGCAGAAUCAGCACAAGCACAAUUACUUAGUAAAGUUAUCAGAAAAUAUGGAGUUCCUGCAAAAACUCUAAGAAGACAUCAAACAGCCAUGACAACAUCUUCGGGAACUAUAAAGCUUGGACGAUUUAAUACCAUUUUUACAAUGGAUCAAGAAUUGCAGCUUGUAGAUAUCUUACAAAAUAGGGGAAAAUCAUUGUUUGGAAUGACCACAACAGAUGUCAGAAAGGUGGAUCAUCCAUUCCAUGUCGAUACACAGAUGGCUGGAUUAGAUUGGCUGUAUGAUUUCUUGAGAAGGCAUCCAAUACUAUCAAUCAGAAAACCUGAACCGAUGAAUAUUUCUCGUCUAGUCGGUUUUGACAGAGAACAAAUAUGGAAUGUGAACGAGACUGGGAUAUCAACCGUUCAGAAACCAGUCAAAGUUGUUGGUACCAAAGGAGCUAGACAAGUCGGGAAAAUCACAAGUGGAGAACGUGGGCAUACAGUGACUGUGUUUUGUGCUACGUAUAUUCCGCCCAUGUUCACUUUUCCUAUAAAAAGAAUGGUGGAUUCGUUAAUGAAUGGCUGUCCACCAAAUUCAAUUGGGGCUUGCACUCCAAGUUGUUGGUCUGACAAUGACUGUUUUGUGAAAUGGUUGCAACAUUUUGUUUCUAUUGUCAAACCAUCUAUGAAUGACAAACACAUCAUACUUUUGGAUGGUCAUCACAGCCAUAAAACAUUGGAGUCAGUGAUGUUUGUUAGAGAUAAUGGCAUUGAGCUCUUGACUUUUCCAGCGCACUUAUAUAGCUUUUUUCAGCAGUUUGAAGUCUCUUUACAAUUCUUCAGCCGAUUCAUGGAUGAUGGCAAACAGAUGUCGAAGAAUAACUUUUUAUGA